UCUCCGAGUCAUUGCAACACCUGACCGCCUCGCUGGCCCAAACCCUGCGCUUAUCUACCCACUAGAAAGCGACUUCCUGUCGGUGGGGCCGUGGCAUCGAAGACUUCACCACUAAACCGGAAACAUAAAGAGAAAAGAGGCCCCUCAAACAGAGAAGCUUAACGUCACACCCACCCUCCUGCCAGGCACGGCUUCCACGCCAGCGAAACUCACUUCCGCGAUUGGGCGGGACUUCCGGUCUGGACGCGUCUCCCCACAGCCAAUGGGCGCUGCCCACCUCUAGCCUGUCUCCUAGUGGCCUGUGACGUCAAGGGCGGGGCGAGAGGCGAGUUGAGCUGGUCUCCCCGGGCGUCUCGAAGCGGGCACCCGGAGGGAAGAUGGUUUACAUCUCGAAUGGACAAGUGUUGGACAGCCGGAAUCAGUCCCCGUGGAGAUUGUCUUUUAUAACAGAUUUCUUCUGGGGAAUAGCAGAAUUUGUGGUUUUUUUUUUCAAAACUCUGCUUCAGCAAGAUGUGAAGAAGAGAAGAGGCUAUGGAAGCUCGUCCGGCUCCAGAUACGAUGAUGGAAGGGGGCCACCAGGAAACCCUCCACGAAGAAUGGGUCGAAUCAAUCAUCUUCAAGGCCCCAGCCCUCCUCCAAUGGGUGGUGGAUGAGGAAGGUAA